UCCUCGACGUUGUCUCUUGCCUUCAUCCUCCUCGGGUUUUACGCGUCUGCGUCCUGUAAAUCAAGCACGACUACGCCUAGCAUGAUUCCUCGGCGCUCGAACAGGCUCUCACAGACUCUUCGCCUCUCCCUUGUUCGCCCCACGGGGAAUGCGGGGUUUGCUUCCGCGCGACCUUCAGUUCGUGAAGAGGUUGCGACUGUACCGCGUACAAAUGUCAGUCGCAGCUCUGCGGUCCAUCCGCCUGCACGAGCAGUGCGCUCCUUUGCGACAUCCAUCCCAGAUCGACCUUCCACGUCCAGAUUACCUCAUUUCGACAAGAUACUUGUCGCGAACAGAGGAGAGAUUGCAUGUCGCGUGAUGCGGACUGCGCGAAAGCUGGGCAUCAAGACGGUCGCGGUGUACAGCGAAGUUGACAAGGAUUCCCUACACGUCCAGAUGGCAGACGAGGCUUACUGCAUAGGACCCGCUCCUUCUGCAGAUAGCUAUUUGAGGAAGGACAAGAUUAUCGACGUCUGCAAGAGAAGUAGUGCACAGGCCGUACAUCCAGGCUAUGGUUUCCUGAGCGAGAAUGCACAGUUCGCCGAGGCACUUGAGAACGAAGGCAUUGUCUUCAUUGGCCCGCCUGCUAGCGCCAUCGUCAGUAUGGGCUCGAAGAGCGAGUCGAAGAAUAUCAUGUCUGCCGCCAGCGUUCCCUGCGUACCGGGAUACCACGGCGACAAUCAAGAUCCUGAAUUCUUAUUCCAACAAGCGCAGAAGAUUGGUUUCCCCGUCCUCAUCAAGGCUAUCCACGGAGGUGGAGGCAAAGGCAUGCGUACCGUGACAAUUCCUACCGCCGAAGCCUUCUACGAAGCGCUCGAGUCAGCCAAGCGCGAGUCCCAGAAGGCGUUCGGGAACGACACCGUCCUCGUCGAGCGCUACAUUCAGCGGCCGAGGCACAUCGAGGUGCAGGUCUUCGCUGACUCGCCCGGGAAUGCUGUCAGUCUUUGGGAGCGUGACUGCUCGGUGCAGAGGAGGAACCAGAAGAUUAUCGAGGAGGCACCCGCACCAGGUCUUUCGGAUAGGCUGCGCGCCGACUUGAGCGAGAAGGCCGUCGCUGCCGCGAAAGCCGUCCACUACCGCGGCGCGGGCACCGUCGAGUUCAUCUUUGACAACGAUACGGAGGACUUCUACUUCAUGGAGAUGAACACCCGCCUCCAAGUCGAGCACCCCGUCACCGAGAUGGUCACCGGGCUCGACCUGGUCGAGUGGCAGCUCGAGGUAGCAGCCGGCAACCCCCUCCCCCUCACCCAAUCCGCCAUCCCCCUCGUCGGCCACGCCUUCGAGGCGCGCAUUUACGCCGAGAACCCGCGCAAUAGCUUCCUCCCCGACGCCGGGCAGCUCCUCUACCUCUCCACCCCCUCCCCGACCGCCACCUUCGCCACUCCGUUCCCCGGCGCCACGCCCGGGCGGGAGGGCCAGUUUGAGCCGGCGAGGCUAGCGAGCUUGGACGCAGUGUCCCCGAGUGUGCGGCUGGAGCACGGGUUCGGGGAGGGGGCGCAUAUUGGGGUGUUCUACGACCCGAUGAUUGCGAAGCUGGUGGUGCAUGGGCGGGAUAGGACGGAGGCGCUGCGGUUAUUGAGAAAGGCGCUGGAGGAGUACCAUGUGGUAGGGGUGUCGACGAAUGUGGAGUUUUUGAGGACAUUGGCGGGCAAUAGGGCGUUCAUUGACGAGGAGGUGGAGACGGGGUUUAUUCAGAAACACUUUGAUGAGCUGUUUGCGCCGCCGGCAGCGCCAUCGCCAGAACUGCUCGCAAAGGCUGCCUUGUUCACUGCCCUGCGAGAUCACCCAGCGCCCGAGGCCUCCCCUGCUACCCUACCGUCCCCAUGGACCUCCCUCACAUCCCGCCGCUUCGGCGGAGACACCUACGAGCGCGCCAUCAGCUUCCGAACGGACGACUCCACAACCGCCACUGUCACCCUCCGGUCCACCGCGCCCGGCUUCUUCGACAUCACCGUUUCCUCCUCCGCCGACACCCCCGCGCACGACUUCCACUCCGUCCCCGCCCGCCUCCUCUCCCCAACCACCCUCUCGACGACCCUCGACAACGCGCACAGCACGACCACCAUCGUCGCGCAGCCCGCCCCGCCCACCUCGACCUCCGCCGCCCGCCUCCACCUCUUCUCUGACGGCCGGAAGACGACGCUCGGUCUCUGCGCCCCCGCGUGGGUGCAGUCCCUCGCCGGCGAUGUCGCGCAGGCGACGAAAGGUGCCUUGAGGGCACCCACGCCGAGCGUGGUGGUCGAGGUGCGCGUCAAGGUUGGCGAGCGGGUGAAGAAGGGGCAGGCGGUGGUGGUGCUGGAGAGCAUGAAGACGGAGACGGUGCUGCGGGCGGGGGCGGCGGGGGUGGUCAAAGCCGUCGGGUGUAAGGCGGGAGAGAUGGUGGAGGAGGGAAGGGAUUUGGUGGACAUUGAGGAAGACGAGUAA